AUGAACAUAAAAAGCCAUGACACUGUAUCAGCUGCAGCACAGAGGACAGAGAAACAGCACCAGCUGAAGGAGACGCAGAGGUCGUUUCAGCAGAGGAUCCAGCAGAGAGAGAAAAAUCUUCAGCAGCUGAGAGAGGCUGUGGAGUCUCAUAAGCGCUCUGCACAGACAGCAGUGGAGGACAGUGAGAGGAUCUUCACUGAGCUCAUCCGCUCCAUUGAGAGAAGCCGCUCUGAGGCCACACAGCGGAUCAGAGAUCAGGAAAAGACUGCAGUGAGUCGAGCUGAAGGACGACUGGAGCGACUGGAGCAGGAGAUCAAUGAUCUGAGGAGGAGAGACGCUGAGCUGGAGCAGCUUUCACACACACAGGAUCACAUCCAUUUCCUGCAGAGUUUCCAGUCUCUCUCAGCUCCUCCUGACUCUACAGACGUAGAUGACGAUCCCUUCAGUUCUCUCUCCUCUUUUGAUGUCUUGAGAGAAUCUGUCCAUCAACUGAGAGACAAACUGGAGGAUUUCUGCAAAGAGCAGCUCAAGAAGAUUUCUGACAGAGCCACUUUCACCAAGAUUGCUCCCAGGACCAGGAACAACUUCCUACAAUAUUCCCAUCAGUUCACUCUGGAUCUGAACACUGUGAAUAAACGCCUCCGUCUGUCUAAGGGGAACAGAGUGAUUACUGUCACUAACACAGAGCUUCAGCCGUAUCCUGAUCAUCCAGAUAGAUUUGAUUAUUGUAUUCAGGUGUUGUGUAGAGAGAGUGUGUGUGAUCGAAGCUGUUACUGGGAGAUUGAGUGGAGUGGUGAUGUGUUUGGUGUGUUUGGUGUUUUUAUAUCAGUGUCAUAUAAGAGCAUCAGCAGGAAAGGACGUGGUAAUGAGUGUUGGUUUGGAUAUAAUGAUCAGUCCUGGAGUUUGUUCUGCUCUUCCUCCAGUUACUCAUUCAUACACAAUCACAUAGUGACUAAACUGCCUGUAAAGCCCAUCAGCAGUAGAAUAGGAGUGUAUGUGGAUCACAGUGCAGGAACUCUGUCCUUCUACAGCGUCUCUGGAGACACAAUGAUCCUCAUCCACACAGUCCAGACCACAUUCACUCAACCGCUCUAUCCUGGGUUUACUGUUGAGUAUGGAUCAUUGGUGAAACUGUGUUGAUGAAUCAGAAUAGACUGUAGAGAGAUUCUACCCAUAAUGCUUUGAGCUCAUGAUAAAUCAGUAACAGUGAGAUGUUAUAGAGUCUCUUAUUUUCUCUUCAUUACAUGACAUCCAUUUGACACAUUUCUCCAAAGUAAUGUAACUGCUCUCAAAACAGUUAACACAGUGAUCUAAACACACUCUUACCUCAGCCAAACAGUUCAACUUUAAUGCAAAAUAAAGCACUGCAUUUUUUCUAGUAAUGCAUUUAUUAAGUAAAAA